CCGCUAACCCGUCCAGGGAUCGUCCUCUGCUUCAACUAGGAAUUGGCAAGAACAAAAUUACAAAGCGCUGAGAGAAACGGCCCCAAAUCAGCCUUCCCCCAAAUAUGGUGGUCUCAUCGAAGAAGAAAGCAGCUGCCACAGCUCUCAUGGUGCUGAUCGUGGCCUCUGCAGCCGGGUUGGCGAAAUCAGAGGCAGAAGCAGAUCCCGAGGCCUCUGCCGAUGCCGUAGCAGUAGCAGUAGCAGAAGCAGAAGCGGUAGCAGAAGCAGAAGCAGCUGCCGUAGCCAAACCGAGGGCUAAGCCCCAUCCAAAGAGCAAAGCCGAAGCCAAGGCCAAAGCAUCCUACGAUGCGCCUUGUUAUCCCCAGGUGGAGUACGUGACGCACUACCUCAAGGAUGUUCAGCAGGUACCAGUCUACUCCACCGUGUACAAGCAGCAGUUCAUUCCAACCACCCUAUACCACACCCACUACCACACGCAGCACCAGACGCAGUACCAGACCGAGUACGUGCCCAAGUACGUCACCAAGACGACGUACCAGACCAAGAUCCAGUACGUCACCAAGUACCGCACCCACCACCACACCGACUACCACACGCAGUACCUGACGCAGGUACAGUACGUGCCACAGUACAUCACCAAGACGGACUACGUCACGCAACACGUCACCCAGAAAGCAUACAAGACGGUGUACAAAACGCAAUUCGUGCCCCAGUACUUCACCAAGACGCAGGUGCAGCACCAUACCGAGUACCAGUCGCAACUGGUGCCCCAGUAUUACACGGUCACCAAGUACGAGAAGACUUACAAAACCGUGUGCCCAGAGCAGGCCUACGGGUAUGGCUACGGGUAUGAUUAUCUCAAUUAUGAUUACUGAAGAGUCGUCUGCUUGAAUUGCAUGUAUAUAGGUGUAUUUUAUCAAUAUUCUUUAAUCAUGUGAUGUAUAUGAAUUUAUAAAUAAUAUUUA